AUUUAUAGUUGCGGAAUAAGAAAGUAAGAAACCCUAGCAAUAGACAAAUAUCAGAAAGCAUCACACACCACUCUCCAAUAUUCUUGAACAUGUCUCAAGUGGGUUCUCUCUCCUCCGAAAUGGAGACACUGAACCACGUUCUCUCGCUAGUGGAGGCGUUCCGAGCGUUCGACGUGGACAACGACGGUCGUAUAACGCAUGCAGAGCUCGGCGGAAUCUUGGGGUCGCUAGGGUACAACGCUAGCGAGCAAGAAGUGAGGGCGAUGAUGGAACGAGGUGACAAGAACAAAGAUGGGUUGUUAAGCAUACACGAGUUCUUGGAGAUGAACACCAAGGAUUUGGAGGGUGGAGAUCUCGCGAACACCCUCAGCGCGGCGUUUGAGGCGUUGGAUGAAGACGGGAACGAGAUUCUGACGGGGAAAGAGCUUCACGAGGUGAUGCAGAACUUGGGGCUUGAGUUGUCUCUGCAGAAUUGUGAGCAUCUUGUUGCUUCUCUUGAUGCGGAUGGAGAUGGCGCUGUGAGCUUGGAUGAAUUACAACUCAUUGUUGAUUCGCUUAUCUAAUUAAGAAUAUCAUGUUAUGUUUCGUAACAGUCGUACUCAACUCAUCACUGGUGAUCUAUAUGAAAGAAAGAAAAUCGUAUAAUGUAUAUGGUGUGUGAUUAAUAAUAGUAUACGUGUUACUCCUUGUUGUAGAUACUUGAGAAAGAGAAAGAAGAGAAAAAAACAUCAACUAGUUGAUAAGAUUUUUAUUUGUUUAUGAAUA